AUGGACGCCCAAGCCUACCUAAUCAAGCACGGUUGGUCCGGCCCCGGCAACCCGCUGAACCCAAAUAAACGGCCCGGCGCACACAGUGGACUAGGCCUCACACGACCGCUCCUGGUAUCGCGCAAAGCCAACAACCACGGCGUGGGCAAGAAGACGACAAAAGACCCGACGAACCAAUGGUGGCUGCGCGGGUUCGAGGAUGCCUUGAAGGGUGUCGGGAACGACAGUUUCGAGGCUACCUCUGCGCGGGGGGAUGGCCUGGCCGGUACGCUGGAGGGAUCGGAGAAGAAGAAGGAUGAGAGCAGCUCUUCUAUCUCCAAGUCGAAGCGCAAGCGCGAGAAUGAGGAUGAUGGUCUUGAUCGCAAGGCUAGGAAACUGGCAAAGGCUGCGCGGAAGGUGGAGAAAGCGGAGAGGAAGGAGGGGAGACGUGUGAAGCGGGCUGCGAAGGCCGAGAAAAAGGAGAAGAAAAUGGCCGAGAAGCUUGCGAAGAAAGCUUUGAAGGAGAAGAAGCGGACAGCAUCCGAAGAGGAUUAUCCAACGCCCACGUCGAUUGAUCAAGAAUCGGAUCAGACUGGGACGACUACGGAGACAGACAAGGCUGUUCUGCGAUUGGAGGACAAGGCAGCGAAAAAGGCAAAGAAGGAGAGCAAGAAGGCCAAGAGCAUAGGAAGCGAUACGGUUGACGAAGACCAAAAAAAGAAGUCUAAAAAGGAGAAGAAAGACAAAAAGGAAGCCGAAGCCUGA